AUGUCGUCCUUCAAGCGGCGUGGGACUUCCGCGGCGGCCGCAAGUUCGUGGCCGGCUGGCGUGCGGCCUUCGUCGUUCUCCUCCCCCGUACCCCUCGUGUCCACUGGGGUGCCGGCGCUCGACGACAUCCUCUCUGGCGGCGGUCUUUCUUCCGGCUCCAUUCUUACAAUCAUCCCCGCCACCGGCACUGCCGCGCUAUCUGCGGCUCAGAUCGGCUCUUCCGCUACCUCGGCAGCAGCUCGGGCCGAGAGCGACCACAUCUCCCGCGCGGCCGCCGAGCCCUACGCCGAGCUCCUCCUCGCCUACUCGGUCGCCCAGGGCAUCGCCGCAAGGCACAGAGGCAUCGCCAUCGGAGAAAGCGUCGACUCCUUUGCUCACAGCCUCAUGGCGAGGGCCGGCGAUUUCGACGAAAAGGAGCUCGAGCGACUGAGGCUCAGCGGCGAGUCAGUCGCCCCACAGGACGACGAAUCGCUUCCGGGGCCUUCGGAGCGCCUGGGCACCGUGCCAGAUGAAGAUAACGGCCCAAAGGCAGGCAGAGCGGCCGAUACGGAUCCACAGAGCAACAGGGAGAUGAAGAUCGCAUGGCGCUAUGAGAAGAUGACCCAGUUCAAGACCACAGUCGAAGAUUCGUCAAAGGGGAAAGAUGAGGCCGAAGCGUUCUGUUCGAUAUUCGACCUCUCUCGACGCAUGUCGCCUCGUCUGCUGUCCAAGGCCAAGGCCGACGGCUUUCUCGAAACGGUCGAGAUCGACUUCGACGAACUCGACCCUUUUGUCAACGACGAUGAGACGGCAGGCAGCAGCUACGACCUCGCGCUGGCGCGGAUCCGCAAGCACGCCGACCUUUGCCGCCAGUACCGCCGCUCGGCUCCGACCUCGCCCUUGCCCGUGCUCCGCGUCGCGAUCCGUUCGCUCGGAUCGCCCUGCUGGCGAAUCAGACGGGGUCAGAGGGUCGAGACCGAGCUCGUCCGCUUCCUGCUCAGGCUCAAGAACCUGAUCCGCUCCCUUGCCCUACCCGGAUCGAGCGGCAGCGAUGCCGUCGCUAGCAGUAGCACUGCAGCAACCGAAGCCGCCAUUCCUGCGAUCGCCACCAUCACACUCUCGCCCUAUCUGCUCUCAGCCAUCCAACCCUCCAGCCCGUCACCCGCGGCUUCAGUCUCCGCCAACCUGAUCCAUCGCGUCUCACACGUGUCUGAUGCCUGCAUCUCCCUCUCCGCCUUUGCGCCAUCGCCAGCGCUGCGGUCUGCCUUCCCGAGCUACACGGGCGCGCUCAAAGUGCUCAAGACGCCGGCACUCGGCACGCUGACAAACCCAUCGAUCCGCGCCUCGGUGCUGCGUGGCAUGGGGGCGGGAGCAGCAGCGCGUGGAUCCGACACGGGGUCGUCUGCAUCGGCAUUACUCGGAGGCAGCGGCGCCGUGGGAGAGGGCGGUGCGGGCGGGGGCGAGAACAAUCUGGCGUUCAAGGUGAGGCGCAAGAGGCUCGUCAUCGAGACGCUGCACCUGGACGUCGAAGGCGGCGUCAGCGAGAGGAGGACCAAGCCGCCCAAGAAUAUGGACGACGGUUCCUCCGCCGGCAAAGGACACAAGCCAGGCCGCACCACCGCGAUCAGCUCCGCAGGGUCGACGACAAUUGCGCCGGUCCAAGAAGCCAAGCCAAGGGCCACCACGACCUCUAUUCAGCGUCGCUCACCGACAGCCACAUCUGCCGCUGGCGUCGGGACAAUACCACCAGCGUCGGCAUCGGCGUCAGCCUCGCCAGUCCCGGCCGCUGCUCCGCCACGGUUUGCCGGGCUCAAGAGCCUGCGCGAACGCGGUCUGGCCGCGGCAUCCCAGGCUAUGCCUUCAAUCUCUUCACACUCAGCGAACGACUCGGAGCCCCUAGAAGUCGAGCUAGAUACUCGCCGAUCUUCGCAUGGUCACUCGCACGGGCAUGGACACGGUCCUUUGGGUUCGGGCAGCGUCUCGACACAGCCCGCAGCACGGCGAGGGCCGGUGUUCAAGAGCGACAAGCCGGAAGACUACGAGUUCUGA